GGCAGACUCAGAGCUCAGUCAACCCUCACCGUGUGUACUGGUAAUCUGCGUUGUUGUGUGACGCGGCAACACUUGUGGAUGUAGCAAGAAUUAUUAUAUUACCCGAGUUAUUUUAUUAUAAGGUGUUGGUCGUGUGCGUAUAGCUUGCCGCCAUAUUGACCACAGGAGUGUAUCUGGCCAGUAACCAGCGGAGGUGGAAGUAACCAUGUCUUCACUGCUCCGAGCUCUCUUCAACGGAACUAGCAAACACAAGAAGUUGUCUGAGGAGUGGGCGACGAUCCGUGAGCCAGUGGUGGAGGGGGUGACAUUCUACUGCAAGUACCUGGGUUCGACGCUGGUGGAUGAUCCGAAGGGGGAAGCAUCGACAGCGGAAGCGAUCAAGCGCAUCAUUCACGCCGCUAAGCAGGUGGCCCGCAAGCCCGAGCGUGUCUCUCUUCAUGUGUCUCUACAGGGCAUCCGUAUGUCCGACACUACCACCAACGACCUUCUCCUCCAUACUUCUAUAUACAAGAUCUCGUACUGCUCAGCUGACGCGCACUACGAUCACGUCUUUGCCUUCAUCGCCACCAACGAUAAUGAAACGUGCGAGUGCCAUGCCUUCCUGUGCCCGAAGAGAAAAGCUGCACAAGCAGUAACCAUCUCAAUUGCUCAGGCCUUCAACUUAGCGUACGAGUAUUGGAAGAUGGCCGUGGAAAACAAACAGAAUGGGGAGAUUUAUGCACACGAGGAAUUACCUGCUGAAGUUAAGGUGAGCUCGGCAGUGGUCCACAGCAGUAGUAGAAAUGCCCACUCGCAGCCAAACAGCCAAACUUCGUCUCCAAUUCCCAUUCGUUCAGAUUUUGGAUCAUCCGACAUGAGCACUUCAGGUUACCAGUCCAGCACACAAGCUCUGCUGAUUGACCUGGAUGAUUCUUCUGACCAUGCUGCCGCUGAGUCAUCGAAAGUUAAUCAGCUUGAGUGCAAGACUUCUGUUCUCAGUAAACCUUGGCAGGAUGCCUUUGGUGACUUCGAUGACAUUAGUGAUGGCUUCUCAAGGUUGGCCUUAAGGCGAGAAGACCAGGCUCAACUUCUGCCUGGGACAUCCCCACCGGGAUGGGUCGAUCUCGAUCUUGCAGCAUUCACGGAUCACCCUCCAGCUUCUCCGACCGGGAAUGGCUUCUGGCCGUCAGCUAGUUCCCCUCUUCCAAGCUCUACAGCCAGCUCGCCAACAGAGCCCUGGCUACUGGGUCAGUCUCCACCACAUGCUUGGGAAGAAUUCUCCAGGUCACCUAACACAGCCUUCCUUCACUCAUGCCAGUCUCCUCCAACACAUUUAGCAUUCUUAAGGUCUUUACGGUCUCCUGCCAGUGUGACGAAUAACCCAUUUGUUCCUUGCGAGUCGGUAAAAGACCCAUUUGUUCCAAGUGAGGUGGUGAAACAUCCAUUUGCUCCUUGUGAGACAAUUAAAGACCCAUUUGUUCCAUGUGAAACAAUGAAAGACCCAUUCGUUUUAUUAGACAGAGGGAAUGAUGCAUUUAACUCGAGCCACAAUUCAGAGAGUCCGUGUUGUCGUGUACAGUUUACAAGUGACCCAUUUACCUCCAGUCAUCCGGAGACCUCAAGUGCUACUGUUAGCCCUUCAUCGCGGUCCAUCAAUGGCUGUGGGUCCGGCCAGCCAGUGUGGAGCAAUGAUUUCUUUGAUAGUCCUAAAGGGAGCAAAGUUAUAUGUUCUUAAGAAAAAUCGAUAGAAAUAUUAUAAACAUUUGUAUGUAAUUUGUAAAAAGUAAUGUUUUGGAUGAUUUUGCAACAAAUAGACGAAAGGUUGGUGAUGUAGUAGUAGUUGUAUCUAAACAAGAAUCUGGUUAUCUGUCUUUUAAGUGCAGUUUUAUUGGGAGUUUUCCGUAAUACAUUGGAAAUACUGUACAGCUCUUUUUGUAAUUACCGAGACAUUGAAUAAUGCAUGUAAAGUUUUAGUACUGUAUUGCUGUUAAAAGUUUGAGUGGUGCUCUUAAAGUUUGUUCAGUAGUACAGUUUAUCAAUUUACGAAGUCAAAGUUUUGGUCAUCAUUCACAUACAUGUUACAAACCGUAGAACCUGAUACCUUGUCAUAAACAUUCAUUUAGUUGGUAUUAUUGUAUUGUUCAUCCUGGACUAUGGAGAACAAAGGAUUAAUAUACAUUUUUAAAUUUAAAUUUAAAUGCUUUAAAGAUAGAACAAGAUAUAUUUAAUUUUGGUUGCUCUCGUUGGUACAGUAUCAUGCUAGGGACUUUCCUUAUGAUUUUUAUCCUUGAUACAUGUUGAGUGUUGAAAGCAAAUUAUUAUAUCCAUCAGGAAUUGUUGGUCAAUGUUGAGUUUUAUUUAUUUUAAAGUUCAUAUUGGUGCUGUUCCUCUCCAGUGUCAUAACAGGAACAUAUUGUGGCAAUAAUUGUGGGAAAGUCAUCUGAUGUUUUCUUUGCAAUUUAUCUUCCCUAAAUCCUUGUAUACCCUGUACUGCACUCUACAAUCUUAGAAUAUCAGUGAGUUUUAACACAGAAUAAUUGAGUAUGCCGAGAUGGUGCAUGUUGGCGUAGGUUAAUGUUUGAGCCUGGAUAGGUAUUCUGGCAUCACAAGUGUUGGAUCAAGAAAUUUAUUGUUCAAUGUCAGUUAUUGUAAAGGUACAUGAUGUAGCAGAAAAACAUGGGGGUGAUGUUAUUGAAGUUUAUUCAUUGACUGUGGGUGGUCAUGGAGGAAACAUGCCAGUCUAUUUCAUCUGGUUUGUAAUGCAUAUUUUUAUUAAAUAUUCAACAGUUAAAAUCUAGUACAAAUGUUAAGGUCGGAAUCCUCCACACUCAAAGCUCACAGUGGAUGUGGCCUGGCAGUUCCUGGAUUCCUUUUAUUCUUGAAGUAUUAGUUAGGAUAGAAGAUUUUAUUUGGUGAAUAUUGUAAAUAUCAGUUAAUAUAAUGAUGACAGCAGUAAUAACAUUAGUAUCACCUUGCAAACCCCCACACACAGCCCCACUUGUACAUUCAUUAACUCAAAACUGUAUUGAUACACGUGCACACAUGUAUGAACACUUGCACACAAAUGCACAGACAUGCUCGCAUCUUUAUCUUUUACCACUUUUCUCGUUAAUAUGGUGAAAGCUGCAGUAUUAAUCUCAUUUUGGUGAAUGAUGUAGCUGUGCUGAAUGAAUGUAUAAAAGAUGAUGAAGGAACAGUUCUUCACUUGUCCUAAUAAGACAGUAGUAGGCAGGUACACAAUUUUGUACUUAGCUGUACAGUAUGUUACAUUCUGGUCAUAACAGUAGUCUAGAGUCAACUACAGUAUUGUUUCUUCUACAAACUGCACUACAGUAAAAUUAAAAAAAAAAAAAAAAUUCUGUUAGGGAAUAAUUUGGAAGAGAG